ACUGUCCUGCUUGUAGGCAUAAGUUUCGACCAGAAUUUCUUCCUCACCCUUCGCUGUUGACCAUCUCUCAAGAUGCCCACAAAAUUGACCAAGACCAGAAAGCUUCGAGGACAUGUCAGUCAUGGACACGGUCGUAUUGGUAAACACAGAAAGCAUCCGGGCGGUCGUGGAAACGCAGGAGGCAUGCACCAUCACAGGAUCAACUUCGAUAAAUACCAUCCAGGGUACUUUGGGAAGGUAGGCAUGAGGUAUUACCAUCAGAAAAAGAACGCCACAUUUCUCCCCUGCAUCAAUCUGGAUAAGCUGUGGACUCUGGUCAGUGAGCAGACCCGAGUCAACUACAGUAAGAAACCAGACGGCCCUGCACCAAUCAUCGAUGUUGUGCACGCUGGCUACUUUAAAGUGCUGGGCAAAGGCAAGCUCCCCAAGCAGCCAGUCAUCGUGAAGGCCAAGUUCUUCAGUAGAAGGGCAGAGGAGAAGAUCAAGGAAGCUGGUGGAGCAUGUGUAUUGAUGGCAUAAAUGCAGUCAAUGGACUCUUUGGUGUAAUAAAUUGUAUAAAUCCCAUGAUAUGAUUUUGUACAGACUAUGUAUAUCAAAGGAAUUGUUGGACCCUGUAAAUGGUAGAGAAUGCAUAUAAAAGGCUUGACAUGAA